CCAGUGUUAUACCGCAAGCCGGCUGCUAACUGCAGGGUUUUGUCUCAUAUAGUGAUUAUAAGCUGAAAUUAUGUGAAAAUUGUGUGAUAAUAACAAUAAUUUAAUCCUUAAAUAUUUUACAGUGGAUUGAGAUGUGAUGGCCAUGCAGAGAGGAUUGUGAUUAACGAAUAGAGAUGUGUGAAACUGAAUCAAAAAUGUGAGAAAAAUCCAUAAAAUUCACAAUGUGGACACAUCUGCUAUGUGUGAUUUUAGUCGUGAUAUGUUCUAAAUCAGAAAAGAUCGACAUCAACGAGUUCGACUACGACGUGACGACACCAGUGAUAUACGACGAGUCUGACUAUGUCGACUUCAACCUCGACAAGUCUCCGCCGUCGCUUCCCGAUCCAGGAAAUCCGGGAGAAAAGUUUCGAAUGGUAAAAUCCAUGCGUAACACGACGCGGGAUGCGGGAGGAUCGCUAAAACUUCGAUGCGAAGCGGCCGGAAGCCCACGCGCCACCGCUUGGCAGUGGUUUAAGAAUGACGCACCUGUCAUUGUUGAGAAAGGUCGUGUACGCAUAAAAUCCAGUCUUGAGGAUUCUCCACAGUGGUCUAUGCUCAAGAUAAAUGUCCUCGAAACUUUAGAUACUGCGUAUUACAAGUGUGAAGCGUCUAAUAAUGAAGAAGUAGUAGAAUCUACUGCAGUUGUUAGAGUAGCUCUUGGAGCUUUUGGAACUUUACCUAAAAACUUUCCACCAGCUUCGGUUGAUUUUACGGGUAAUAUGAACGGCGGAUCUACAAAUAUUGAGUUUGAAGGUAGACAGCCAGAUUUUAACCAAGGAGGUGUUAGUGGGAAUCAAUUGUCAGAUACAGAGCUUAAACGUUUAGGGGAGGGGAACCCAAGCUUAGUUCCAGAUGAGAAUAGAGGUUCAUGUGAACUUUAUGUUGGAACUGUUUGCAAACAGUACAUUGGGCAGAAAUACAUUUAUAUCAGUGAUGGUUUGAAACAGGAUUAUAUUGAACAGAAACUUCAGGGUGUAUUUAAAGUAAUAACUGCCUCCCCCGACCUUUCGAGCAAAUGUGCCGAAUUUGCUCUGCCUAGUAUCUGCCUUUCCACCUUUGCCAUCUGCGAUGAGACACGGCGUCGACCGAGGAAAAUCUGCCGGGACGAAUGUGAGAUACUGGAACGGGAUGUGUGUCAGUCUGAACUAGCAAUAGCUAAACGACAUCCGUUGCUUGGGCAUCAGAUGGUUCUCCCCGACUGUGAAAAACUACCUCCGAUAGGUGGUCAUAAUUAUUGCCGAAACCCUACGGAUCCCAAUUAUCAGGAGAAGGAACCAUGGUGCUUUACUAACGAUGAUAUGGUUCGGCGUGAAGUGUGUUCUGUACCACGCUGUACAGAGUUCAAUAUGUGGCUGUACAUAGCUGUACCUACAGUAUCCGCAGUGGCUAUCAUAGGUUUAUCUAUUGGUUUAUGUUGUAUGAGACGGAAAACACCUCCGGCUAAACCUCUAAUUGUUCCAUCAUCAGGAACACUCAGAGGAUUCCAGAACCAACAUGUUAAUGGGAAUCAGUCCACAAUGGAGCUGAACCCAUUAAUCAACACAAACUCUAGACCUAAGAAAAACAGGGCUAUGGAGAUACCUAUUAGCAAUAUUAGAUUCCUGCAGGAGCUGGGGGAGGGGGCCUUUGGUAAGGUUUACAAAGGCGAGCUGGCCGGAUAUAUUGGCGGUGUAUCAACCCUGGUGGCGAUUAAGACCCUGAAGCCGGGGGCGGUGCUCAAGACGGUUCAGGACUUUGUCCGAGAGUCUGAACUCAUGGCAGAUCUUAAACAUACAAAUAUUGUCUGUCUUAUUGGAGUUUGUAUGCAGGAGGAACCAAAGGUACACUUAUUCUUAACAGAGCUUUCAUGGUCAAUUUUCGAUAUAUUAACAGUAACACUCUCUGAUAUGAAUGACUCUGAUGAUAGUCAGGAUGGGAAGUUGUUGACUCAAACAGAGAUGGCUUAUAUUGCAAUACAGAUUGCUGCAGGAAUGGAGUACCUUUCCUCUCACCACUAUGUACAUAGAGACCUAGCAGCUAGAAAUUGUUUAGUUGGAGAAAAUUUUACUGUAAAAAUAUCAGAUUUUGGACUUUCUAGAGAUAUCUACAGUGCCGAUUAUUAUAGAGUGCAAACUAAGUCUCUGCUUCCUGUACGUUGGAUGCCUCCUGAGAGUAUACUGUAUGGGAAGUUUACAACAGAAUCUGAUGUUUGGGCCUUCGGAGUAGUUCUCUGGGAGAUUUAUUCAUUUGGACUCCAACCAUAUUAUGGAUAUUCGAAUUCAGAGGUUAUUGAGAUGAUCCGAAGUCGACAGCUGCUGCCUUGCCCCGAGGAUUGUCCCAGCAGGAUGUACGCCUUCAUGGUCGAGUGCUGGCACGAGGUCCCCAACAGAAGACCAGUUUUCAGUGAGAUCCACCAACGUCUGCUGCAGUGGGAGGGUGUAGGAAGUGCUGGAUAUCAACCAUCAACUACCAGUCAUAGUGUUGGUAACAAUAGUCAGCAAUCUUCACAUCAUAGUAGUACAGGUCCAAGUAACAACACAGGCUCAACCAAUCUAAGCGCACAGCAGCAACAGAUGUACAAUCCUUAUCUUCCUAGAUUCCAGGGCCCACACCAGUAUGCAACCCAGGCCCCACCCCAGUACCAACAUUUUACCCCUGGGCACACCCCUGUACGGUAUCAGUACGCUCCUAGUCCUUCCAGGGGCCCCUACACUCCUACAAUGGCUCAAAUAUCGUCAGGGGCACCUCAGAACAUUAUUGUGGGGGCUUAUGGGAACCAGGGAGGGCAGAUGUUUCAUCCCCAGGGGUCUGGUCCUCCCUCGCACUGUGGAACCCCUAGUGUAGCUUCUCUUCAAAUGGUUUAAACUAUGAAAACUUUGUGUUAAGAAAACAAAUUGAUUAAAACCGAAAUUAUCCCUAAAUUACAAAAUAAGAAAAUCCUAAAUACAUCAAAUUUGAAAUCAUUUCAACAAAAUAAGAAAAACAUGGGCAUUAUCAAAACAUAUUGUUUUAUCUUCUUCUCUUUUAACAUCCUAGAAAACAAUUUUAUUGUUUAUUUUCUAUCAUCGUCUAAACAACAUAUCUAGUAAAUUUAAAUGAAAAACUUAUAUUCUCAUUGCAGGCACAGUCGAAGAUAAAUCUAGCUUUAAAUUGUAGAAUCUUGUGAUUUUGAACUCUAAUUAGUAAACGUAAUGUUUAAUAUAAAGUAUAAUGUAAAGUACCGAAUCCAAUUUGUACAAGAAAGCCUAAAAUCAAAUAAUACAGUUGAGAAUAUUAAACCAAUUUUGAAUUUUACUUUUCCGUAAAUAAAAACACAUAACUAAAUCUCUGUCAAAGACUUUUAUGCAUUUUUUAUAUUCAGUCCGUAUGUUGAAAUGUACAUGUUUAUUGUACAUAUAUUAAAUAAUUGUAGUUUUACGUUUUUUAUGUACCGUUUACAGUUUACACCGGUGUACAUGUUGUACCAUGUUAUAUUGAUAAUACUGUACUGUAAUUGAACAUUUGACCCACAAACAUCUUAGAUCAAUUUUAAUCUGUAAAAGUUAAUAUAAGUAAUUUUGUUAAGAAAAUUUUAAUGUUUUAAAAUGGUUUUGUAAUUUACCAAAAAAACUGUGUUAAGAAAAAGAAUUCAAAUUCAGAAAUUUCUGAAUAUGACAAUAUUAUGUUUAUUGUGAAAUUUGUACUCACUCGGUUUUUGAUAUUAUUUUAACCGUAUAUAUACAUCUUCAAUUUUACAAUCCAUAUUUGUGAGAUUAAACGGAAUUUAAAGGGACUGUUUAAGGAAAAAUGAAAGAGGGUAUAGGCUGAAACCUGAGAAUCUCAGGAGUCAAACGAUACCUAUAAAACAUCUCUUUGAUGUUCCUGUUUCGAGAAAUUGACAUAAAACUGUGUCAAUUAUUAUACCAAAACGUAUAUAUGUAAGAUAUACGCCCGUAUCACGU